AUGCAGAUCGAUUGGAGCAGAGUCGAGCGGCCUGACGUCGUAUUCCAGCCCUUUCCAAGUCGUAGAUCCGUCGUAUACGGAGCCAAGGGGAUUGUAGCGGCAUCGCAACCGUUAGCGGUCGAAGCCGGUCUGGAAAUCCUCCGCAAGGGAGGAAAUGCAGCGGAUGCGGCCGUCGCCACAUCCGCCGCCUUGAAUGUCACUGAGCCGAGUUGUUGUGGGAUUGGGGGCGAUGCAUUCUGCCUGUUCUAUGAUGAAAAGACCAAGACUGUCAAGGCAUUCAAUGGCUCUGGACGGUCACCAGCUAACUUAACCAUUGACUAUGUUCGCGGUCAAGGCAUCACCGGAAGCACUAUCCCUGGAACCAACCUCAACUCCGUAACAGUCCCAGGCUGUGCUGCUGCUUGGGUCGAUACUGUGGAACAAUUGGGCAGCGGCAAGCUGUCUCUGGCUGAAGUGCUGGAGCCAGCAAUUAGACUGGCGGAGGAAGGUUUCCCGGUCACAGAGAUCAAUAGCUUCGCAUAUCAACGUUCAGAACAACUCCUGAAGACGGUCUCGCCGAACGGAGACGAGAUGCUGUUGGAUGGGAAGGCACCGCUUCCCGGACAAUAUAUGAAGCUCACUAACCUGGCUAAGACCUUCCGCGAGGUUGCCACACACGGAAAGGAUGGCUUCUACAAGGGUCGCGUCGCUCAAGCCAUCGUAGAUCUCAUCAAAAGCAAAGGCGGUGUCAUGGAGCUUGAGGAUCUCGCGAAGCACAACACAGACUUCGUUGAGCCGAUUAAGUACACCUUCAGCGGCGAGGUGACAGUGUACGAGUGUCCUCCGAAUGGUCAGGGCCUCACCGCCCUGAUUGCCCUUGGUAUCUUGGACAAUGCCAUGGAGCAAGGAAAAGUUCGCUCGCUCCUUGAAAUGGAACACAACUCCGCAGAGUAUCUGCACGUUCUGGUGGAGACUAUGAGACUUGCCUUUGCAGAUACCCAGUACUAUGUGACCGAUCCUGCGUUUGGCAAGAUUCCUGUCGACCAGCUUCUGAGCAAGGAAUAUCUCGCGUCGCGUGCCAAGCUCAUCGACCCCAGCCGGUCCAACCCCAAGGUUGUCCAUGGCAACCCUGUACACUCUUCAGACACUGUCUACUUCACAGUCGCGGAUCAAUGGGGAAACGCAUGCAGUUACAUCCAGAGCAACUACGCUGGUUUCGGUACUGGCGCGGUACCAAAAGGAUGCGGAUUCACGCUUCAGAACCGUGGCUCAAACUUCUAUCUAACUCCCGGCCAUCCUAAUGCUCUCGAGGGCGGAAAGCGACCGUACCAUACCAUCAUCCCCGCUAUGGCUCUACGCGGCGACGAGCUGUUUCUAAGCUACGGCGUAAUGGGCGGCUUCAUGCAGCCACAAGGCCAUGUCCAGGUCUUGCUCAACCUGCUUCGCGGCUUCACCGUUCAGGCGGCACUCGACGCGCCCCGCUUCUGCAUCUCUGCCGGCAGCCCGGAGACAGAGAGCAACAAGAGCGGUCGUUCCGGUGACAUCAACAGCGAAGUAUACUUCGAGGAGGGGAUCCCGGAUGCGGUGGUCGAGCAGCUGCGCGCAAUGGGGCACGACGCCCGUCUCGCUACAGGUGUCAAGAGAAGUCUGUUUGGCCGUGGCCAGAUCAUUCAGAAGCUGAACGACAAGUCGGGUAAGACCGUAUGGGCGGCUGGCUCGGACCCUAGAGCAGAUGGUCACGCUGCGGCUCAAAUCUAA